UACGACCACAAGUGCGCCAGUGCCGCAGUGGUGCACCACAGAAGUCAUUUUUAGCUCUGCCCUGCCGGCUUGGGAAGUACGGGUGUCCGGUGUGUCGGCAUGUUCCGCCUGUGCGUCCGCUGAUUGCCCGCCUAGCGCCUGUCGACAGGCGAUCUUCACCACCACUAGGCACCACCGACGGAAAUAUAGAAUUUAAAUAAUAAUAGUAACACUAUUGCAUGUAUCGAGAGCGAAGAAGCUCCGGCGGAUUGCUGUUCUCUCACGAAGUCUGACAACAAGUCAACAGCCUACUACUUCCGGCAGUUACCGAGUCAGUGCGAUAGAUUUACGUCGCAUAAAUCGGACAUGGAAGGACUGCCGUUGCUCAUGCUACUCAGAUAGCACUGCAGGAUCGACAGCGAAGAAAGCCAGAGAAGCCGUUACUUGGCGCAAGAAUGGGCCACCUCGCUGUGCUGAUAGCGGCGACGGCUGGAGGCAUCGCGGCAUUUGCAGUUUUCAUCAUUUUCCUCUGCUGUUGGCGGCGGAGGGAGAAUGCUCAGCUUGCCAAGCAUCCGAAGUUUGCACGCAAGGCUCGUCGGAGGAUGGUGGCGCCGCCCGUUCCAGUUCUAAGCUUAGAAACGUCCCCAGUAACUCAUAUUGAUCACACUAGCACCGCAGCAGCGGGCUACGUCCAGGGUGACAUGCAACGAGGCGGCCCGAAAUCGGCAGGAUCUCCUCACCGUCGUCCACAGCUGUCGUCGUCACUGGAGCAGCAAAACGGCCUGUCCUCACGUCCGCUAUCCCGAGAGGGGCAGACGAGCGGAGAGAGCGUUUCCUCUCCACCACCUCUUCCUCAGCGAGGACGGAGAUUGUCGUCGUCCGAAACGCUCACGGGCCCUGCCUCCGCUGUGUAUCCUAAGCCACAAGCCGAGUCGCUGGCUGAAAGGCGACAAGCGUACCAACAACUGAAGCCGGUCUAUACGAAAUCGUUUACAAGCACGCCGGCAAAGCUAUCCAGGUCGCACAGCGAUGAGUGCCCGUCUACGCACCGCGAGGCCUCGCUGUCACCUUUCGCACGUCGACGCUACUUUUCAGAGGGGAUCACUGAAGAGAGCGUAGACGAGCUCAGCAAAUCAGUCGACCUCUCCGCCGAUCACUCGCCGGGGAGAUCACCCGAUCGGCAAAUAGACACGCCUGAUCCUGAGCCGGAGGACAGUAGGCUCAAAGGACAUCUUCAAUUCAGCCUCGAGUUCAUGUAUGAUGUGGGAUGCCUGCGCUUUCGGCCGCUUCGGUUAAAGAACGUCCAAGAACACAGUCUCCUCUCCACCACGGUGGAUACAUUCCUGAAAGCUACCCUGCUGAGAACCAAUGAACUACCGGCAGAUGGCAAGCUGCACAUAUCCAAAUUUGGACAGCUGUGGAAGAGCGGAGUGCACUCGAAGGAGAGCAACCCAACGUUUGAUGACGGCGAUUACAGUGACUUUCCGUGCGCCAUGGGCCGCUUGGCGACGAUGGGUCUUCUCGUCCUGGUGUACACGCAUGACAUGCUGGUCAGAGACUCGCUCCUCGGCCAUAUCUGGAUGCCGCUCGAGAAGGUCAACGUCACCGGCGCAAUGCCGAUCUGGCGGCCGAUAGAGAAAGGCUCGCGGAUAUUCUCCAAUCAGGGCGCCUUGCAACAUGGCAUCAUCCAAUUCUCUCUGCAGUACGAGGCCGCGGGCGAUCGACUGACGGUCGUAGUCCUCAAAGCAUCUGGCCUGACCGCCGACAGCACUGACUACACGGCAAGCAUCGACCCGUACGUGACACUGACGUUGCUGCGUCACGGCCGCAGAGUCACGCGCAAAGACACGCCGUCGCAGAAGAGCACCUCGCAGCCGGUGUUCAACGUGUCGGUGCGCUUUGACGGCGCCACCACGGCGGGCGUGAUCGCCGCCGGCACCAUCCACGAGUGCAGCCUGCUGGUGUCGGUGCGCGACAAGACGCGGCUUCGCUCCGACACGGUGCUGGGCGCCGCUCUAGUCGGCAACCUUGCCCGCGACGAGGGCGGCAAUGAGCACUGGCAGGCAAUGCUGACUGCGACGGGAUCGCCAGUCGUGCGCUGGCACACUCUGGGAGCCAAGCCCAGCCGUAGAAUACUCAGUGCUGCUCAUAGCAACACGCAAUGAUGAUCGUGCACUGCUUGCGCAAUGCCACUGAUGUGCUGUGCUCAAUGCGCGGAUCUGGUGAACAUCUUAUGUCGAUACAGUGGUCCCUCUAUAAUCCGGCACCAUUUGUGCCACGAAAAUCUGCUGGAUUAGGGAGGGUGCUGGAUUAACAAAUCUGAUUUACUGCUGCAAUGUGCAUGAAGAGGACAUUUUGGCUACUGAAAAUUGCUGGUUUAUCGAGGGUGCUGGAUUAUAAAGUGCCGGAUUAGAGAGGGACGACUGUACAUGUAUUGUGAAAUUGAGAAGAUGGAGCAUGAUUGCGCUCCAUAUGAGAUGAAUUUCUAGCUAGAAUUAUUAUAAUAAUGCGAUUUCAACUUUCUACUGUCUGACACUCAUCGCUGUGCAUUCUCACCCAUAUACACUAUCAAAUACAUAUACAAGUACCAUAAUUAUAUUAUACACCCGUUGCAAGAGAAGCACGCAAAUCAGCAAAUGCACUGGAUAUGCACCCACAAAUUUUCUCUGAUAGCAAUGCCGAUAGCGGACAUCUGCAUGUACUGAGAAUGGCAUACUUGUACACUCAUGCACGAGCACACACGUACACGCACACGUGCGUGCGAGCGAACACACACACACACAUACGCACACGUACAUGGAUGCAAGCAUGUAUCCAUAUGAGCUGACCUGCACCCCGCUUAGUUUGAGUCAAGGCCUGCUAACAUUUGAGAUAUUUCUGGUGCGUUUACGAGACCACAAAAUUAUUUGAAUUGGUCUUCUCGUGCCUUCCAAACAUGUGUAAUUCUGAACUUGAGUUUUUACAUGUACAUUUGAAAACUGAAAUUAGUUCGUACAAGUAGA